AUGUAUCUACACCUUUCAACUCAUUGCAGUUUGGAUUCACAUAAACGUUUCAAAAGGAUAUAUUGUUCAAUUGAAAAGCGGAGACAAGCCAGUCAGUUGGUAGAGAAGCUUUGUGAACAGAUUCUGACUUUAGAGGAAUCGGAAAUUUUAAACAUAUUUUGCAAGACAUCUAUACUUCAAGAUGCUGCAAAAAUUGGGAACAUUGAGUUUUUGACUCUGCUUGCUAACUCAUAUCCUGAUUUUAUACGGACACACAACAAAAAUAAUAAUUACUCCAUAUUUCAUGUUGCUGUUAUUUACCGACAAGAAAAAGUCUUUAGUCUCAUCUACAGCACAGGAGCUAUUGGAGAUUUAUUGAUGCACAUUAAAGAUGAAUCCGAAAACAACAUUUUGCACUUGGCUGCGAAAUUAGCACCUUCAAGCAGACUCAAUAGUGUAUCUGGAGCAGCUCUUCAAAUGCAGAGAGAGCUAUUGUGGUUUAAGGAGGUGGAGAAGAAUCUACGGCCUUCCUAUCUGCAGGAGAAAAACAAAAAGGGUGAAACACCUAGGGAGUUGUUUACAGAGGAGCAUGAGAAGUUACGGGAAGCUGGUGAGAAGUGGAUGAAGGACACAGCAGCUUCUUGCAUGGUGGUGGCAGCCUUAAUUGCCACAGUUGCAUUUGCUGCAGCCUUUACCGUACCAGUGGCAUUGUUUAGCUCGACAGUUUCCAUAAUGAUAUUCCUGUCUAUCUUAACUUCACGCUAUGGCGAGGAAGAUUUUCUAUAUACAUUACCGGCAAAGUUGAUGGUUGGACUAAUUACACUCUUUGCUUCAAUCGUUUGCAUGGACUUAACAUUUAGUGCAACCUUCUUUUUGGUCUACAAGGAAGAAAAGCAAGGGAUAUUGCCAAGAAUUAUUGCUGGUCUUGCUUUGCUUCCAAUCUCUUUAUAUGCAAUGCUAAAUUUUAAGUUAUGGAUUUCCCUAAUCCACUCAACAAUAUGGGCGUCAAGGUUUAUGUUUCGACCGGUUAAGCACAGGCUUUUCUAA